AUUUCUGUUUUGUUUUUGUUUUUUACCGGAUUAAACUCCCAUAAAACGCCUCGGUGUGACCGUCCGACAGCCGGAGAUCAUACCGCGGAGCUGGCGACAGUUUCUGCUGCGUCACAUUACCGGUGUUUUGGCGGGUCGGAGUGAUUGGGCAGCUAGCGUUAGCAAACAGCAGGAAGCUCACUAACAGAAAGUCUGUUAGUGAAGUUUUUCGGAGUUUUUUACACAGAGAUCCAGAAAUAAACAAUUUAUACUACAGGCUGGCUGCGGAGGGAUACACAGGAGCUGAGGCGGUGUUACCUCUAGGUAUCCAAUGACAGCUCUCCGAUCAUGUCCGCGGGCGGGGCUCCACACAGAGCGGACUAAUGAGGAGGAGGCAGAGCCAUGACGGGCGAGGAGACGAGGGGGGGUCGGCAGUGGCGGGGGAGCAGAGCGUGGCGGCGGGGGGCAUGCCGCGGCUUGCCGUCUUCCUGUUCCCCUCGGAGAUGGUGUUCUACGCCGAGCAGAGGAGCUCCCAUAGGAGGGUGCUGACCCUUUAACCCUACAGCUUCAGCCUCAGCUUCAAGAUGUGGUGCACAGCGCCCUCGUUCUACAGGGUGGUGGAGGCAGAGGGCAGCAUCCGGGCCAAGUCCUGCGUCGACCUGGUCGUGCGUCACCUGGACGUCUCCCCCAGAAACUGUGGCCGCAGGGACCGGUUCCGCAUGGAGGUUAGGGGCGGAGGCCAGGUGGGACGACGGGAGAUCUGGGCGGAGCUUAGAGGAGGACGAGAGGAAGAGGAGCAAAGAGGAGGUCAACAAAGGGCGCCGCCCCGUCCUACUUCUCAGCUUCUGCCCGCACAGGCACACCUGCCUGCCUGCACAGCUGUGCGCAGCGCGUCUCAGUGGGCGGUGUGUGUGGCUGUGGCGGUGCUGUGUGUCACAGUGUUGAUGCUCCCCCUGCACACUGACAGCAACUCGCUGGUUCCACACUGGCUGCAAGUCUCCACCAAUCAGAAGCUGGUCUUGUUACCAUGGUGUUUCUACGGUGACGUCAUGCUGCAGCGACCUGUGGCCUCACCGUCGUCCACACAGGAGGACCCCUCAGACGAUUGUCACGGGACAGCGAGUAGCGUGUUCAAAAAAGCUUUAUUUAAACGUGUCGACAGAGUAGACAGAGUCAUCGACCACAGACGAACAGUUGGAUACGAGCGCCGUGAGAAGAAAUGGAUGUUAAACCGACGAACAUGUGACUAAGCUGUGAUGCUGCGUAAAUAAAAUGAUUGUAAAUAAAAACAGAAAUUGAUGAUUUUAA